GAGUUACCCUUGCAUAUCGCAAUAGCUUCUAAGUUCAAUAGCUCAAUAACUUGAAAAGACAUCACAUUUUAGGAAUUUUUUUAGAGCUUCUACUGUAGUUGUAUUUUUUUCAGCUUUGUAACAUAAUGGUUAAAAAUUGAGAAACAGCAUUUUUUCAACUAGGCCUUGUAGUGAUUUUGACAACCGUUUGUUCUCAAGGUAUGGUGAGCUUUUCAUAUAUUUAUGUCAGUUCUUCCUCCGAACUAUUUCUUCAAGCUUUGAGAACCUUCCUAAAAACAAGGGCGGGGUUUGGGCGUGGUACUUUUACUUUAUGUAUUCAACGGCUUUUUCACUGUCAUUGACCGUAUGGCUGUGUGACCUUAUGACCGUAUGGCCAGCAUGUUUUCCGGGCUCUGAAUAAAAUCACCACAAAGUUUCCUUUUUUUCACUUCCAAAUGAAACAGCUCAUUAACUUUCGAAACAUCGUUGGCCAUUAGCAUUUACCAAGUCAGCUUACGCGAAACCAUACCAAAAACUGCUAUCUGAAACAAAAAGUAUAAGGAAUCAACUUCCAGUGCAAAAGCAAAAGCAGAAAAUGGAGGUCAACAAGAAGCCUCCCAUUUUAAAUGUAAGUUCUGCAGUUGUCGUAAUAAUUGGGCUACUUGUCGCUGAGACAAUUUUCUUGCAUUUGUGGAUGUACAGAGCGGAAAGCGUCUUGACAAAAAGGAUAAAUGAGAUGGAAAGACAACAGGUUAUCACAAUAAAGCAGUUAGAGGAACUUAAAAAUCGUGAAAUUUAUCGCAAUCAAAUAGGCCUAGACAGUGCCUCUCGCUAUUUGGCACAUGAUAUCCAGAAAACAGAAAAGCAUAAACGAAGGUCAAGACGUGACAUCGAAGAGAAGGUUGAUUCUGUGUUGCGAAUAUUGAAAUCGUCGUACCACGGGAUAUUGCACCCUUGGGACAAGCAACCAGCCUAUAGAAGAAAAUGCCGGAAUGUGACCUUAGUAUGCAUGAAGGGGGAAAGAGGAGCAAGAGGUAAACCAGGCCCACGCGGAGCCAAAGGGGCCAAAGGGGAUGUUGGGCAACAAGGAGUUUUAGGGCCUGCAGGUGUUAUGGGUCCACCUGGUGAGAAGGGUAGCCGGGGGCCAAAGGGUGAGACUGGAUCGCCAGGAAAAUCAAUAUCAAAGCCAAAAAUUAUAUCAAAGUUUCCUAAAAUCCUCUACAAAAAGAAAGGCACAAAUUUGACGCUAAUUUGUGAAGCUGAAGGAAACCCUACGCCAAAAAUGCAAUGGACCUUUGGAAAGCAACAGCUUGGCGCGAGAUACACAUUUCCUACCACAGGUGCUCUGGUUGUAUCAAAUUUAAGGGAGAAUGACGAUGGCAGAAUUUCAUGCAUUGGCGAAAAUAUUCUCGGAAAAGAGAUAGUUGAAUUUGAAUUGUCGGUUCUCACAAGGCCAAAACUUUAUCUUAAGGCUAGAAAAGUGACAGGAAAAACAGGGGCUCCUUUAGAAGUUCGGUGCAAUGCCACUGGCAAUCCUGUUCCAAAGCUCAGCUGGAAAAAGGCCCACGGUGUAAUGCGAGGCAAGAACAUUCUGUCUACAGAUAAGAAAAGCAUUACGCUAGAAUUCACUAACCCAGUUUUUGAUGAUGGUGGUUACUAUACCUGUAAAGCAGCAAAUGACAAUGGCUUAGCAAACCAAUCCGUUUUCGUAGUUUUUCUUGACGUCAAAGAAAGAGACUGUUCUUCGUGGAGGAAAAGCGGGCAGACAAAAAGCGGAAUCUAUACAGUUCACCCAGAUAACAACAUGCCCUUCUCCGUUUAUUGUGAUAUGGAAAAUGAAGGGGGCGGUUGGACGGUAAUACAGAGACGUACUGAUGGGUCUGUUGAUUUCUUUAAAAACUGGGAAGAAUUUAAGGAAGGUUUCGAAGACUUAAGAAAUGAGUUUUGGCUUGGCAAUGAAAAUAUUCAUCGAUUAACGAAGAAUAAAGACAUGAUGAUUCGAUUUGAUCUUGAAGAUGUCGAAGGAAACAAAGCGUUUGCUGAAUACAGUACAUUCUACAUUGACGGCCAAGAAGAUCAAUAUUCACUGCACGUAGGUGCUUAUUCAGGAACCGCUGGUGAUUCGUUUUCGUUUGCAGAUGGGGUCAAAUUUUCAACUAAAGAUCAAGAUAAUGACACCGACAAAGGCAGCUGUGCUGUUUUGUAUCAUGGAGCCUGGUGGUAUCAAGCAUGUCAUGCUUCAAAUUUGAAUGGCAGAUAUCUAAAUGGUAAACAUGCUUCGUAUGCUGACGGAGUAAACUGGAGAUCCUUUAAAGGCUACUAUGAUUCGCUAAAAAAGACUGUUAUGAAGAUAAGGCCCCGAGCCGCAUAAAGAGUCAAAAUGUUCGAUUUAACGAGAUUCGAAUUAUAGAGGUAUUUUGUAAGGGGUUUGAGAAUUUUGUUCGAAUUAGUAAAAGCUUGAAGUUCGAUUUAGACAGAGUUGACUGUUGUUGAAGAGAUUACGUCAUAUUCUGGGGUAGUCACGUGACAUUAUAUUCGUCAUUUAUUAGCACGCUAUGUUGACAGAAUCAGAGUGUAGUUGUGACUCAGCGGUAACCAACAUGUAAUCCAGUAGAAAAUCAUUAUUCUUAAAUAUAUACGCUAAAGCUGCAAAUCAGACGUUUUCCUUUUGCACUUCUGAUCCACAAUGCAAACUACUCAACAACUGUGUUUUCAUUGGUCCUCGUGUGCCGAAAAAAUGGCUAUUUUGCACUCUUUAGAUAACAACUAGUUGCCUAACUACGUCUUUGCAAAAUUAAACUUCAUCAUCUUUAUAAAGUUCUUAUCAUAUCAUCUUUAUCAUUGUUAUAUAGUAAUUCUUUGUUUAUAUAAUAUUCUUUAUUAUUUUGAAAAAUUCAAAUUUAGUUAUUCCAAGAAGUAGUUCCUGCUUUACAGAAGUUCGAUUUCUUAAAAAAACAGAGCGAAAUUAAUUCAAUGUAUUACAGUAUAAAUUGUUUUGCUUGAAAAAUGGGCAUAAUAAAAAUGUAACCAUAAUCUAACACAUUAUACAAAAAGAAAAACACUAGGGCUGUAUAUUCUACCUAAGUUCGUAAAGUGCGAAUAUGAAGAAAACCAAUAAAAUUUGCAUCAUAUCUCUGUCAUUAUUGCUUUUCUUAGAUUUAGAACUCCACCUCAAAAUUGCUUUUCUUAGAUUUCUUCAUUUUGUAGUUGGUCAUGAGUUUGAAGCUAUCUUGAAUUUUUUUGCAAUAUCUUUACUCGCUUUCCAGAUAUUGAAGUGGAAAUUUUAAAAUAACCAUAAAAAUGCGAUCAAACCUUCUUGUGCAUGAAACAUCGAAAGAAACUAUUUUACAAACCAUCGUUCAUAAAGAUAUUUACAUAUACACACAGACACACACCAGCUUCUCAUUCUCGGUUGUUAAGUCACUAUUGGCAAAUAUUGCUAUAGAAGAGAGAAGACAGACUCGAGGUACAAGGUACCACUUUAGAAGGAACCUACAUGUAGAAGGCCAAAAUAUUUAAAGAACUUAUGCUACUAAAAACGAAAUCCUAAGGAACUUUUCGAUUUGAAAAAUUAUAACUGCAAGCAUCAAGAACUAAAAAGCUGGUUCUAUUCAUUUGCAGCCAAUACUCGCAUAGAUUGUUUGCUAUUCGUGUUUCAAGUGCUUCAUUGAGUAGUUUCUACAUAUG